AUGGCCAAUACUCGAAUCCAUCGCUCGGGGUCCACUUUCGAGCUACUCACGGCUGGACCGUCAGUAGUGACACAAUCCCAAUCUUACGAGCACGACAAAAUACCCUUGCCAUUAUUGAGAAAACAAGUUUCGGCCUGUACGCUUGAGUUUUUGAAUGAAGGCGAGACUGUCAAUGGGACCGACGAUAAGAAGAAGAACCAUGUCGCCCUCAGACUCGCGUUCAAGCAUACUGUCAUGAAAGCUACACCAUAUGCGCCUCCUUCCACAACCGGUAUCUUGAUCAGUAUUGAUAUUCACGGCAACAUCCCCGAUUCCAGUAAUAUGGGCAGUAAAUUGGUUGUUAAAACACUCGGUUACCAAGGACCUCACCAAAGAGCCCUGAAAUCGAUCGACGUACCAAUUGCCCCGGGUAAGACAGUCAAAGACUUUCUGAAACCUAUCAAUUUGUCUAAAAUCCUACCAUUUACAUUCGUAUUUGAUGGGAACGGAUAUAUGGGCUGUAGGGACUUUAUGUCGCAAUUCCUCCGUCGUUUGGAAGAUACUGAGGUUAUCACCUUUUCAAGAGAAGAAGAUAGUGCGGCUUUUUAUCGGCAUUUCAAUAUGCGUUAUGGCAAAGAGGGUAUGACAUGGUUCAAUCCUGUUUUGCGCGGUGAUUUUCCGGAUACUUACUCCUAUAUUGUUCUGACUGAUGUGAUCUAUCACUGA